GUCAGUACAGAGGAAAGGAAAGUUGGAAUCACAAGUGAGCUGGAGGAAAAUAGAAAAUGAACUCUGACCCGAAGGAGAGAAUGAAAUAUUUGCUUUAUGUGCAAAUUAUGUCUGCACACGUCUUACUUUCAGGUGCAUAUGAUGUUGCUGUAUCAAAGACUACAUUGGUAGGAAUUCACAGACAAAGUAUUGUCCUUGGAUGCAGUUUUACUGUUGAUAGUCAUUUACCACUGGACCAUGUAGUCAUCACCUGGCAACGUGCUGAGACGAAUGAUGUGGUGCACAGUUAUUAUUAUGGCAAAGACCAACUCAGUCAACAGAAUGAACAGUAUUCAGGCAGAACAAGUCUAUUUCCAGAGGAAUUCAAACAUGGCAAUGCUUCAUUAAAACUGGCAGGAAUGACAGCAGAGGAUGCUGGGCAGUAUGUGUGCUUUGUUGGCAAUAUAUUGGGAAGUGUCAAAGGGACAAUUGCAUUGAAGUUUGCAGCUUACUAUAGGGAUCCACAACUGUUCAUCAAACUCAAACCACCCAGUUCGACUAUCAUUCUGGAAUCUCAAGGUUAUCCUGAACCAUCUGUUUUCUGGUACUGCGCAGAAGAUAAAAAUGUGUCCCUCCAGCCUGAAAUUUCAUUUGUUAAAAGUGAAGAUGGUCUUUACUCAUUCCAGAGUAUUCUUAAACUUGAUAACUCAAUGAUGAACUGUAACCAUGUGGUUGAAAUUCAGAACUCCCUUGUUAACCAGACUAUUACCAGGAAGUUCAACAUCCUUUUGCAACAACAAGAUAUUCAGAACCAAAACUUCAACAAGAACAUGUGGAUUGCUCUCAACUCCUGUACAAUUCUGAUAUUUGGAGCAAUUAUUAUUCUGAUAUUGCUAAUCUGUAGAAGCAAACAUGCUCAACAACAGGAAAUUGAAGAAAAAGUGAAGCCUGAAUUAAUAUGAGUAAUCCCAUGAAUGGAACAGUUGAUUUUUGUUUAUUCUCAGGUGAUUGACAAGACUUUAUUAUCCACUGUUAGGAUGAGCUUUCUUUUUAAACUUCUGCCUUCCAUGUGUUGAAGGUUCUUCCACAGUGCUGUUAGCUCGGGAAUUACUAGGUGUUGACCCAGCAACGACAAAGAAACAGUGCUGUAUGGUGUAAUCAAAGUCAAAAGGUAACCUGGAGGUGAGGCUGUUCCAUUGCAGCUACAUGUUCAUCCCACUGAGUGAUGUAGAAGACACAGCUGAAGAAGCUGCAAUUCCUAUAAAAAUCUAGUUAAAAAUAACACAUCAGGUUAUAGUCCAACAGGUUUAAUUGGAAGCACACUAGCUUCAUCAGGUGACAACACCAGCAUCUCCAAAUUAAAAGAAUCUGCAUACUGUAACCACAGUACAUCUGCAAUGCACAUUGUGUAAUGUUAGGACUAACUUUUGAUACUGAAAAAUACAGUUUAGAACAUAGAACAUAGAAGGAUACAGCGCAGUACAGGCCCUUCGGCCCUCGAUGUUGCGCCGACCAAAUCCUACCUAACCUAUACUAGCCCAAUAACUUCCAAAUGCCUAUCCAAUGCCCGCUUAAAUGACCAUAAAGAAGGAGAGUUCACCACUGAUACGGGCAGGGCAUUCCAUGAACUCACAACCCGCUGUGUGAAGAAUCUACCCCUAACAUCUGUCCUAUACCUACCACCCCUUAAUUUAAAGCUAUGUCCCCUAGUAACACCUGACUCCAUUAGCGGUAAAGACCUGACUCCAUUAGCGGUUUCUAAGCUGACCAGAUCUAUAAUCAUUCUAUGAAUGAAUAGCAGUUUAUAUUUGGAGUUAUGUAGAAGUUGUUCGCUGCUUUCCCAUCCCAUAUCCUUCUAAACCUUGGAUUAAAAUGCAAUAGUGAUUGAAGCUCAUGAGCAGCUAGCAGUGAGAACAUUAUGGAUAAAUAGAUGGCUCUGGUUAGCUUAAACUUUCAGCUACAGCUUUUCAAUGACUGAAGUUAUUUCAGAUUUUAUUAUUCCCUGCUGAUCAUAGGGAAGAUUAAGAUAUAUAUAAAUCAAUCAUGAAGCAAACAAACAGUCAGCAUCUUAUAAUUAUACAAAGAAAAAACAGAGCUGGACAAGUAAAGACUAACAAAGUCAUAUAAGAGCUAUGAUGUACAAUGUUGCCAGCAGGAAUAGAAUAUGCUGUUUCCUAAUCUCCAGUUGAAGGAGACAUGUUGAGCUCCAGAAAGUAACAAGUAUGGAGUACAAGGCCAAAAACUGUGGCCCCAAAAGUUCAUCAUCUGUGAUCCUAGCAGUGGUGCAGAGAUUGGGGUCACUUGUAUCCUACCAGUGUUUGUCAAGUCAUCAAGAAGUAAUCUAGUUUUCCUGUGCUGGUGAAACCCAGUGUUAUUAUAGAUGCAUCUUCAAAGCAGCUACAAUAUCUGCCAUUGCAAGUGGGUGACUAAGGCUCUCCCUACCUGCCUCUCCGACCUCAGUCACGGACUCUUUCAGCUGUUCUGUUCCAGAAAGCUAUGCACUGAAGAAUAGAACUGGAGCUAAUGUUUACAAAUUUUUAUGAUUUUUUUAAAACAAGAAAUACACAUUAUGAAAAUAUCCCUAAUCAUGUAACAACACUAACUAUUUGUAGGCGCACAAGUGAAGGCCCAGUUAUGGUCCACCAUGUUUGUACAAUUAAACACAAUUAAUAUACAAUUAACAUAGGCUUGCUAAUUCGGAGGAUGAUCAAGUAGGUUUAAAAAAAAUUAGUCCAACUUUUGGAAUUCAUCUGAUGGGGCCCUCAUCUGGCAUCUCAACUCAGUGUUGGGAACCAACACCAGCAGUGCAAUUCGAAACCAUGUUGUUGUGAGUCCCUGACCCUAGUGUGGCCUUUUUAACAUUUGCCAUGAAAGGAGAAGAUAGAUUAUUCUAUCUACCAAUUAAAACAGGGUCUCAGUCAUUUUCUGUCACAUUCUUGCCAGAAUUGAAGUUGGGCAAAACCUUUGUGGAUGUGGAGGGCCCAAGAGUUUACACAAUAUGCCUUACCUUGUUUUAUAUUCAACAUUUAAUAAUUUAUGAUUAAUUAAGACCUGAUUUUACACUAAUACAUCCUGAAAGUUUGGUUCAGGGUCAGAUUGAUCUCUUGAUUUGUAGCCCCUCAAUUUUAUAUUCAAAUCACUUCAUUGGAGCCCAAAAUCAGGCAGGCUGUAAAUCCCCAAUGAGGCCCAUUUCAGGCUCAGACAUUUGGACAUAACUGUAAUCUGAUGUGUUUCUAUCUGGCAUUUUGUGAAAAAUCCAUCAAGAACUUUAAGUUCAACUCUUAACUAAUAGAAAUAAUAAUCACUGCUGAAAAAAAUCCCCACAUAUUUAAAUUAUUUCAUGUUUAUUCUGGCUGCAUUAUUUUUAUCAGUUUAAAGUAUUUCAUAUUUUUAACACAAAUGUAUGGAAUAUGAACUUAAAUUUUGUAAGUUUCAUGCAAACUACUUUCUAAAUAAAUUGUCAUCCAUUUA